ACUAGUUUCCAAACGAACGGUGGUUGUCUCCUUUCCAGAACAAUCUAACGCUUUCUCGAACAUCUUCUUCUUCUUCUUUCUCGAAAUUAUUUUUCCAGUAAUCAAUUUCUUCUCUUCUAGAUUUUUACAGGAACUAAUUUUCUGCUCUGAGGUAUCAGAUGAGUAGCCGAUGGAAUCGUACGAUCUACGUUGGGAAUUUGCCUGGAGAUAUUCGCAAGUGUGAGGUUGAAGAUCUCUUCUACAAGUAUGGACCAAUUGUGGACAUUGAUUUGAAGAUUCCACCGAGACCUCCUGGUUAUGCCUUUGUCGAGUUUGAAGAUCCUCGUGAUGCAGACGAUGCAAUUUAUGGACGUGAUGGUUAUGAUUUUGAUGGGUGUCGACUUCGGGUUGAGAUUGCACAUGGUGGUCGUAGAUUUUCACCAUCAGUUGAUAGGUACAGCAGCAGCUACAGUGCGAGCCGUGCACCUUCAAGACGCUCUGACUACCGCGUGCUUGUGACCGGAUUACCGCCUUCUGCUUCGUGGCAGGACCUUAAGGAUCACAUGCGCAAAGCUGGAGAUGUCUGCUUCUCUGAAGUUUUCCCUGACCGUAAAGGCAUGUCUGGGGUUGUGGAUUAUAGCAACUAUGAUGAUAUGAAGUACGCAAUAAGGAAACUUGAUGCCACUGAAUUUCGAAAUGCUUUCUCUAGUGCUUAUAUACGGGUGAGGGAAUAUGAGUCGAGGAGUGUGAGUCGAAGCCCAGAUGAUUCUAAAAGCUAUAGAAGCAGGAGUCGGAGCCGUGGUCCAAGCUGUAGCUAUAGUAGCAAGAGCAGGAGUGUGUCACCUGCUAGAUCCAUUUCCCCGCGUUCACGGCCCCUUAGUCGUUCUCGCUCGCUAUACAGCUCUGUCUCAAGGUAUGAGUGUUAGAUUUGUAUCAUUAUUAUAUAUGUAGUUACCCCUUCAUGGAUCACUUGUUCUUGCAUAGUGAACUCCUUACUAGCUUUAUUACUUACAACUAAGCACCUUUUGUUGCUUCCGUACACAGUUGAAUUUGUUUGAGUCUUUUUUCCCUCAUAGUGGACUAGUCUAUUGUCACUUGAUUUUCUUCCUUUGUUGAUGUUUUCUAUGUCAUGCAAACUCCAAUAUGGGUAAAGGUUACCUCCUUGUUUGGGAUUACCAGAGUUCCUUUUCAUUUCUUACACGUGAAUGUGUUUGUUUUUUAUGUUUUGAGUUCUUGACAGAGAUGCUCCCAUCAUAUUUAGUCCUUUUCCUUUCUCUUUGUGUCGUUCUCUUCUGGAUGUUUCCUUCUGAUAAAGCUUUACUUCUUAACUUUUUUCCAGCGACGGUGAAUUUAUUACGUAUCAAUCUUCAUUAUCCGACUUAUAAUUUAAAGAACACUUAGCUAGAUGUUUCACUUUUUGAAAAUUUAUUUCUAUCGGAAGGGGGAAGAUGGAUUUCUGAGGCAUGUCCUCGAUCAUUUACCGUGAUUACAAUUGUAUUGCGUUGUUUGUUUUCUAGAUCUGGCUCACUGCUACGAGCUGGGGAUUGGAUCUAGAUGGGUCAUCUAGAUGGAUUCUUGGACUGGAUUUACAAAGCUGGAUUAGCAUGAACUUGAACUUCUGUUUUUACGGUCUGGUCUGGUCUGGUACUCCGCGCGUAUCAGCUGUAGGAUCUGAUCGCAAAGUUUUGGACUAUGAUUACUCUGAUUCCUCAAUAUAUUUAUCUUUUUGACAAUAGUGGAUUCUGUGUUGAGUUCUUUUCUAGGACAGCAUUUAAGCUCCCGGGACUAGAUGGGAGAUGGUCAGUAAAUUUCUUUGUUAUGCCACACUUACAUGGGGUUUUUGGUCUUGCUGCAGGUCCCAAUCAAGAUCAAAAUCAAGAUCAAGAUCAAGAUCGAAUUCUCCAGUUUCACCUGUGAUAUCUGGUUGAAAAUGAAAACUGGCCACUGGCUGUACCCGAAUCGUCUCAAGCUUCUCAGGCUCCACUGCUAAUAGAAUUUGAUUCCGAUUUGGGAUUAUUAUACUGGUCUUCUUGUAUGGGACGACCAAUAUGUCUUUCUAGUUUUAGUUGUGAACCUGGAAUUGGUCUGUUAUUGUGUCAUUAAAAAGCCGGAAACUCUGUCUCGGCUGCAUAAUAAAGUUCAUCAGACAUUGUGUUGGGUGUGGUGAGGUUUUUCCAUACAUAUACAUUUACAUUACAACUACUGGUGUCUUUUAUGAUUAUCUUAAACUAAACUUGCAGUGUUAAAACUAAACUUGCUUUUGUUUUUGGAUAAGAU